CAUCUCCUCCUCUCUGUCUCAUUCUCCAUCUCUCUAAUCCGCCAUGGAACCCAAACUCCAGACCUUCCUCAAUGCUCUGCUUCUCCUCUCUCUCUGCCUCUCUGCCGCUGGGCAGACUUGCACAAACCAUAAUUUCGCCAACAAUGAAGUCUUUGCGGCCUGUGUGGAUCAUCCUGUCCUCAACUCUUUCCUCCAUUGGACCUUUCAUCCAUCCAACGCCACCUUGAGGAUGGCCUUCCGACGCCCUUCCACCUCUCCCAAUCAAUGGAUUGCUUGGGCCAUUAACCCAAAUGCCCUCGCCAUGUUCGGCUCUCAAGCUCUUAUAGCCUACAGGAACUCCUCUGCCCUCCCUCAUGUUUACACUUCCAGCAUCGACCUCCCUUCUCCGACUAUGCAACAGACCCGCUUGAGCUUUGAGGUUCCUCAACUCUCUGCCACCUAUCUCGACGACGAAAUGACCAUUUUUGCAACCAUUUCUCUUCCCCCCGGCAUGACCACCGUCAAUCAGGUCUGGCAGGAAGGUCCCAUGGCGCAGGGUUCUCCUCUCCCCCACGCCUUCACCGGCGAUAAUAGAAGGUCCCUUGCUACUCUGGAUUUGCUUACUGGGUCGACCACGGCGGCGGUGGAUUCUGUUCUCAGGAGGAGAAACAUUCACGGAGUGCUGAAUGCGGUCAGCUGGGGGACGUUGAUGCCAAUGGGAGCCAUUUUCGCAAGGUAUUUGAAGGUGUUCAAGGCGGCAGAUCCAGCCUGGUUUUACCUUCACGUGGCCUGCCAGACCUCCGCCUACGCCGUGGGAGUUGCCGGGUGGGCCACCGGAAUCAAACUCGGCGGCGAGUCGGCAGCAGUUCAGUACAACACCCAUCGUAACAUUGGGAUUGCUCUGUUCGUGUUGGGAAGCGUUCAGGUAUUCGCUCUGCUUUUGAGGCCGAAGAAGGAUCAUAAGUACAGAAUCUACUGGAACAUUUACCAUCACUCCAUGGGAUACAGUGUGAUCAUCAUGAGCAUCAUCAAUGUGUUCGAAGGCUUCAAAAUCUUGAGCCCCGACAAUAAAUGGAGGCGGGCUUACAGCGGAGUGAUCAUCUUGUUGGGCGCUGUGGCGUUGGUGCUGGAAGCUGUGACAUGGUUCAUUGUGAUCAAGAGAAGGAGAUCCAACUCCAACAAGUUCCCACACAACAUCUCUGCCCAUACUGCUAAAGUAGAAAACAGAGUAUAAUUAGGUCCCCUGUUUUCUGUUUGUUCUUCUCAAAUUCCAUAGUUUUUCUUUUGAUUCAUACGUGAGAGUGUUAGUGUUUGCUUUUCUUUAUACUUAUUUUUGUAAAGAUAGAGUGCUUCUUUGCUUAUCAUUCAUGAUUGUAUUUGUGGAACAUCGUUUUCCAUGGUAUCAAUAAACGAAUCUCUUCGCUUCAAAGAGAGAAUUUGUCA